GAAUUAUAUCAGCAAAUUAUCAUCCUGUGGAAUUAUCUUCAGAUACGUUAGAGGAACGCACUGCAUACUGCAUAGUCGAUUCUUCUACACGAAGCUUAACUCAUCCCGGUUCGCUUUGAUUAAAUUGGUCACGGGAUUACGAUAGUCGGGGAUGAUUUCAACGAGUUAUUUAAGAUGUUCGAAGAUGAAGUCGACUCGACCUCCGAGCAGAAGCAGAGCCCGAAAGGAGACGGAACAUCAAACAUAAAUGAGGAAAGGUGAAAACGAUGUAAAAUGAACAUUCGGUGCCGUAGGAUGCCUUUUGCCGAAGGGUUGCACAAGUGAUGGGUGGUGAGAAGUUAUGGUGGACGUGGGGGAUGGGAGGCCGGGGGACAUCGACGAAUGGCACCCUGGUCGGCUCGACGUCGGUGGAAGAGUCGUGGAACGGCUCGGUGGAACACGACGUAGUUACCGGGGGUGGAAACGACACCUGGACCACCGGAAGUGCCUCGGGGAGCGAACGCGACCUCGUAGUGAUGAUCGUUACAGCGACGAUUCUCUGCCUCCUGAUACUGAUCACGGUAAUCGGAAAUGUUUUUGUCAUUGCUGCGAUUCUCCUCGAACGAAAUCUCCAAAGCGUUGCAAAUUACUUGAUUCUCUCCCUCGCCGUUGCCGAUCUUCUGGUGGCCUGCCUGGUCAUGCCUUUGGGAGCCGUGUACGAGGUUUCACACGAGUGGGCACUUGGCCCGGAACUAUGCGACAUGUGGACCAGCAGCGAUGUUCUCUGCUGCACUGCCUCGAUCUUGCAUCUCGUCGCUAUUGCCUUGGACAGGUACUGGGCAGUGACGAAUAUCGACUACAUCCAUCAGAGGACCGGAAAGCGAAUCGGUCUAAUGAUCGCCGUCGUUUGGCUCGUUGCCGCAUUAGUCUGCAUCGCUCCACUUCUAGGGUGGAAGGAUCCUCAAUGGGAACAUCGUGUGGUGCACGAAAAAUCUUGUCUGGUCAGUCAGGACAUCGGCUACCAGAUAUUCGCAACGGCGUCUUCAUUCUAUCUGCCGCUCUUUGUCAUCCUCAUACUUUACUGGAGGAUAUUUCAAACGGCCCGGAAACGGAUCAGGCGACGCGCGGGUCAACCGGCGAACCCUCCAGGUACCACCAAAACCAUGGGUGCACCACCCAGACCCAUUGGAGGAAGUCAUGCCGUUGGAGGCGCUUUGGCUCAGGCGCAAGCUUCCGGUGGAAUCGCAGCUGCGGUUGUUGCAGUGAUCGGAAGACCUUUGCCUACGAUAUCAGAGACAACGACGGCCUUCACAACGGUCAGCUCGACAAACACGUCGCCGGAAAAAACUUCGUAUCACAACGGUCUGGAAGCGGAUCCACCGACCAUGGAAACGUCACCAAGGCCGGCUAUAUCGAGGCGGAAAAAAAUAGCCGCCGAUUCGAAGAGGGAGAGAAAAGCAGCCAAAACCCUCGCCAUCAUCACCGGAGCCUUCGUCGUCUGUUGGCUACCAUUUUUCGUCGUUGCCAUACUACUUCCGGUCUGUCAGACCUGCUACUUAAGCGAAUAUUUACUGGACGUCUUCCUGUGGCUUGGGUACUUCAACUCAACUCUUAACCCAGUGAUCUACACAGUCUUCUCGCCGGAGUUUCGAAACGCCUUCAAGAAGCUACUGUGUAGACGACGACGAAGCGUUGGCCGGCGGAUGGGCAUUCGUCAUUACAUGUAGGAAUGGGUUUAGGGUGGAGGUUACACAUCUGAUUACAAUUGCGUGCAUUAAAAAUAGUAUAUAUUUUACAGGUGAUUAAAUAGACCGUAUCAAGUAUCGUGUUUCG